UGCUGGAUGGGGGCACCAUUCUAAUGUGUGUGGUCUCCAGGCUGGCUGCCCCCUCCCCCUCAUCACCACACCCCACUCUGCCUCCCCGCCCCCCCCUCAUGGAGAGGAUGAGGAAAAUCAAACGGCAGCUGUCACUCUCUCUGGGGAGGGGAGGGGCCGGGGGAGGAGACAGAACUCUGAGUGAGACAGCCAGCCAGGAGGUGACAUCACACAGUGACUCAGAGGUGGUGUCUCUUCGUGGUUCUUCUGGAGGUUUGAAGGUUCGAGGUUCAUCCUCUUCUGUUCAGUCUCUCCUUCAGUCGUACAGCAGCUCACUGAGGAAACCUCGAGGCCUUGGACGCAGCCUGAGCUCCUACCUGAAUCACACAACACGACUGGAGAUAGUCCAUGAGGAUGUGAAGAUGAGCUCCGAUGGAGAAAGUGAUCCAGCUUCUUCUUCAGAUGGCGUUCAGAGUCCAGUUAGAGUGAGACUGAGAAACAAGAAGAUCUCUACUGAGGACAUUAACAAACGUCUCUCUCUACCGGCUGACAUUCGUCUUCCUGACGGUUACUUGGAGAAGUUUAAUCUUAUUGGUCCUGCUCUGUUUGAGCAGCCAAUCAGCAGGCGGCUCCGUAGAGUGUCUCUGUCAGAAAUUGGCUUUGGAAAACUGGAGACAUACAUCAAACUGGACAAGCUGGGAGAGGGGACCUAUGCCACAGUGUAUAAAGGUCGCAGUAAACUGACAGAUAAUCUUGUGGCUCUGAAGGAAAUUCGACUGGAACAUGAAGAAGGAGCUCCAUGUACUGCUAUCAGAGAAGUGUCUCUGCUGAAGGAUCUGAAACACGCCAACAUCGUCACGCUUCAUGACAUCAUCCACACACAGAAAUCCCUCACACUGGUUUUUGAAUAUCUGGACAAAGAUCUAAAACAGUAUCUGGACGACUGUGGAAACACCAUCCAUAUUCACAAUGUUAAACUCUUUCUUUUCCAGUUGCUGCGAGGUUUGUCGUACUGUCAUCGUAGGAAGGUUCUCCAUCGUGACUUGAAACCCCAAAACCUGUUGAUCAAUGAGCGAGGAGAGCUCAAACUGGCAGACUUUGGUUUGGCUCGAGCAAAGUCAAUCCCAACAAAGACGUACUCUAAUGAGGUCGUGACGCUGUGGUACCGACCCCCGGACAUCCUGCUGGGCAGCACUGACUACUCCACUCACAUUGACAUGUGGGGUGUUGGCUGUAUCUUCUAUGAGAUGGUGACAGGUCGACCUCUGUUUCCUGGCUCCACAGUGGAGGAGGAGCUUCACUUCAUUUUCAAAUUGCUGGGCACUCCCACGGAGCAAAGCUGGCCUGGGAUCAGUUCUAAUGACGAGUUUGUGGCAUAUAACUAUCCUCAGUAUAGAGCAGAAAGACUGAGUAACCACACUCCCAGGCUCAGCAGUGAAGGAGUGGAGCUGCUGUCAAAGUUCUUGCAGAAGGAGAUGGUGAUUGACUUCCGGAGAAGGACAAGACCACAUGCACCGGUAAAAUUAAAGUAGAUACCCUAUCCUCUUAAUAAUAAUUAUAAUUCAGAGCCUGUGACCACAUGUCCACAGUAUCAUGUGAUGCCUGCUGCAGAUAAUUUUUUUGUGGGGUCACUUUCAUGCUGUUGGACAAAGCCUUUUCCAUGGAUGGAAAUUAACAAAAAUUGGCAAACCUGUCAUGAUAGGCCAAACAGGAACAAGAAGCACAGGAAGCUGGCCAGGUUGGAUUGUCUGCGAAAAUUAGUAUAAAUCAGACAUCUUGCACUGUCUUCAUAACUCUUUCGCGAUCAAAUGUUUCAGCAACACUUAAACAGCAUGGACGUGAUGGCAUGGCAUACUUUGAUGUUUUCCCAUGAAAGAGGGAAUUGCCCUAACUCCCGUAUGUGUUAUUUAAUCUGCAUCAGACCUCACAUGGUGGCAAAGAGUUUAGUCAUGAAGACACUUACAUGCAAAUAUUCAUUUAUUCCUAUAGCACCACCUGCUGGUAACAGGAAAUUCCUUUUUGUUUUUUAGUGAAGGUGUAGUGUACUGCCUCUAAAUGACCAGAUACACAUCAAAGACAAUCAAGAUGCUUAGUUUUGAUGGACUGGCUUUGCCAUAGCAGCAUGGUGAAUUUCAAAGCUUUGCAAUGGAACACAAAGUUUUUGAAAGUCGAAUAAACAUUGUCCAGUCUGCACCAAACAUCAUGUGUUGGAUAAAAGUGCCAAUCUGAAAAAACCCAUGAGCCAAUAU